UUCGCAAUCCGCCAGAAAACGAAGAGAAAAAGAAGAAGUCAAACAAUAUUCCUCAGCCUGGCUGUAGUUUUUCUGAUAUUUUGAAAGGGCAAAACGACCUGGUCAUGAUAGAUAGUGUUGUAUCGUGUUUCUUGCUUCAAGUGUCUUCUUAAGAUAAAAGUUAGAUUCUUCCAUCUGAAAGAAGCGUAUAGCGCUCACUGUGACCAUGUCUACUGCCGUGGACUUUCAUUCUCAAAUAGCCUCCAUCAUGGAGGUGCUGGCUAACGCGGCCGUAGCAGAAAUUUGCAAAGUUGUAGACGACGGGUAUGCAGUUGUUCAUCUAGAAAUGUCCCGGAGCCAGAAGGAGAACGAGUUUCUACGAAGGAAAAUAAAGCUACUUGAGCUCCAGAUCGCCCGGUAUCGAGCGGAGAGAGUGAAAGGAAUGGAGGGCUCCAUCAGUAGCCGCUUUCCUGGGGUCCGCCUCCUCAACCGACAUAGCAAGGAUUCGUUGGCCGGCCAGUUGCUGCAGGGCAAGACCAGGUUUCAGAACCGAGAUCCAAGAGUUCAGCAGUCUGUGCAGAAGAGACGGUCUGGCGUGGACUGUGACCCUGAUCAGGAUGUCGUCACCACCACUAAAACUGAGUCAGCAGAGCCUGAGGAUGAGAGGGAGCUGCUAAUUGUCAAGGUGGAGGGAGCACUGGAGCCUGGCAGCAGCAAUAACAAGACAUUGGUAGGUGCCUGUAUCAGCACCAGAGGGGGCACUGACACUGCCACAUCGUUACCUGCCACCUCAAAGAAUGAUAGCAACAGCCAGCCAGCCAGAUGCCACAACAAAACGGAGGGCCAGGGACAUCUGGACGUCACGAGCAGCCCUCAGAGCAAAGGGGAAAAGAUGGAGGAAGCAGAAGGUGACACCCCAGAGAACGCUUGUGCCUCCCAAUCGCUUCUGGACUGGCAGGAGAGUAGUGAGACUGAAGAGAUGGGGCAACCAUCUUGUUCCACAUACACAUUAGAAACUGUAGCAUCAUUCAGCAAAACAAGGAUCAACUCUGUCUGUGGGUUCCGCACUAUUUCCAGAAGGCCUCAGGGCGACAUGGACCAGGCAAGCCCUGCAUCUACAUAUGAUAUCAGUGUGAUCAACUCACAGCCCAAUGCAGCAGAGGACAAUUGCACGGGGGAGCUGUUGCCUGGACAGGGUGGAGGUGACAGAGCUGAUGAAAUGACAUCUCUCAGCAGUGUGAGGCCAGGGUAUCAGCCGCUGCUGUGUAUUCAGAUUGGUAAGCCCCCCAAUGAAAUGAUGUUUGAAGGUAACCACAUCUCUGCCUUUACCAAGUCCCCUGUUGCAAGGGGAACAGUAGACUCCCAGCAACAGGAAACUCAACAUUCAUGGUCUAGAGUUGGACAGAUGGACAGGGUCCACUUCUCCAGUCAAAGCCAUCUUUACCAGGCCUCCAGCAGUCAGAAGCAGGAAUCUGGGCCAGUACAGUCCCAACAGCAGCAGCAUUCCUCUCUCCCUUAUGCCUGUACCUUCUGUUCACGGCGCUAUGCCCACCAGUGCCAACUGCGCAUCCAUGAGCGUGUCCACACAGGAGAGAAGCCGUACCAGUGCAUCCAGUGUGGGAAAAGCUUUGGCCAGUUCUGUAGCCUCAAGCGCCAUCAGAUGGUUCACACAGGGGAGAGGCCAUUCCCUUGUCCCCAUUGCGGGAAGCAGUUCUCCACCUCCACUAAUUUGAAGGUCCACCAGAGUGUCCACACCGGGGAGAAGAGGUUCCAGUGCUCCAAGUGUGGCAAGAAUUUCUCAUUUCUCAGCAACCUGAUUAGGCACCAGGCUCUGCACAACACCAGAUAGGGUCUAGUCUGAUUAGUGACCACUCUCAUAUGUACCCAAGUGGACUAAUGCAGUCAAGGACAACAAAGGCUGUUUUAUGACAUGUUCAUAUUCUUCUUCUUUGGAUUCACUUUGAAAAAUGUUUCUAAAACUCCUGCUCAUUAAAAGAAUGCCUGACAGUUUUCA